CGAAUACUCUAUUGGUUCCGAACAGAUCUCCGAAUCACCGAUUCCCCAGCUCUCACCACCGCUCUCUCUUUACCCGACAUGAACGCCUUCUACCCGAUAUGGUGUUGGGAUCCAUCUUACAUUUACGGUCAUAGAGUCGGACUGAAUCGUUGGUCUUUCUUACUUGAAAGCAUGAAAGACUUAUCCGAUCAACUCACCUCUCUUAACCCGAGGCAAAAAUUACAUGUUUGUAGAGGUUCACCAGAAGAAGUUUUACCUGUUUUAUGGCGAGAAUGGGGGAUAACUCAUAUUGUUUGGGAGAAAGAUGCCAAUGCUUAUGCUAAAAUUAGGGAUGAGUGUAUAAAAAGGUUGGCGAAAGAGAAAGGUGUGGUGGUGGUGGAUGUACCAGGAAGACAUUUGUUUGAUCCUGAUUUAGUGGGGAGAAUGAAUGGAGGGAAACCUACCAUGACUUUACAACAAUGGCAAAAUAUUACCAAGAAAAUAGGAAAAGUGGAACAACCUAGUUUAACACCUACGAUACUUCCAGAUCCAGGGGAGACAACUUUGAGGUAUAGCAGGAAGGUGUACAAAUGGGAUAAAGUGGAUUUGAACGCUCAUCUUAGGACUGGCAAAGACACUUGUUUCGAUCACUUCACUGGUCCCGAAGGAGAUUUCUCCGUACCUACUCUCUCUCAGAUGGGUUAUCCACCAUCCACAACUUCCAUUCGAGGGGGGACCACUCAAGCUCAUCUUCGACUAAACACCUUCCUCUCUCAUCCCCAAGCAGUGGCCACCUUCUCGAAACCUCAUACCGCGCCUACGGCAUUGGAACCGAGUACGACAUUGCUUUCGCCUUACCUCAAAUUCGGUUGUGUGGGCGUGAGGGAGAUAUGGUGGGGAUGUAAGAGGGUCGUUGAGGCGUAUAAGGGUGAAAAGACUAAGGAGCCAGAGAAUAUGUUUGGGCAGCUCGAAUUUAGAGAUAUGUACGCAUGUGCUGAAGCUCUUCAACCCCAUUUCGAACGUAUACGCGGUAACUCUGUAUGUCGGUACAUCGAUUGGGGAUUACAGAAUCAAUACGAUGAACAAGGCAGGGAGAUCUUACCGCGUCCUAGAGGGAAAGAAGAGGAUGAGAGAAGAUUUGAAGCUUGGCGAGAAGGUUGUACAGGAUUCCCUUGGAUAGACGCUUGUAUGCGCCAAUUAAAAUCCGAAGGCUGGAUACAUCACUUGGCGCGACAUAGCGUAGCGUGUUUCUUAACCCGAGGGCAAUGUUACAUCUCGUGGGAACGGGGUAUGGAGGUUUUUGAUGAAUGGUUGAUAGAUUGGGAUCCCGCCUCAAAUCCGGGGAAUUGGAUGUGGCUCAGCUGUUCAGCUUUCUUCUCCCAAUACUAUCGUGUGUACGGCUUGGUGAGCUGGCCGCAGAAGACAGACAAGACUGGUGCUUUGGUGAGGAAGUAUUGUCCCGAACUGGAAAAGUUUCCUGACAAAUACAUUUACGCACCACAUACGGCCCCUUUGUCGGUGCAAGAAGCCGCCGGUUGUGUCAUCGGUCAAGAUUAUCCCCUUCCGAUUCUAGAUGAACGGGCAGAAAAGGAUCGUUGUUUAGCACGAAUCAAAAACGCUUAUCAAUUGGGAUUCCGCGGAGCAGAUCCUGAAGUGUUGAGUGGA